AGUUUUAAAAAUGCUCUGUUCUAAUAGCCUUGGUCAAAAUAGCUAGAAGUCACAUAAAGUCUUGACUUGAUUUUAUUUUCCUUUUUUAAAGUGCUUUGUGCUCUCAUAUUUAUUUAUUGAUGCCAUUGUACAAAAGUAUAUAUAUUUGGUUGAUUAAUUAAGGCAUCUUUACAUAGACAAGUUAAGGCUGUUCUGUGCCUGCUCAAAAUUCGGUGUAGACAAUGCUGCAUAAAAACCAGGCUUAAUUAUGCCUGCUCUGAUCCACCUCAGCACCUAGUAUUAAAUCAUACAGUUGUAAUUGCUGUGUAAAUGCAACUAUGCCACCUCUGAGCAGCAUUAAACAGUCUGUGAAGACACUUAAUGCAUCUUUACACAGCUGAGUUAAGGCUGCUCUGUGCCUGCUCAAAAUUCUGGGUAAAGAUGUAAUGCCACAUGAAAGCCUGAUUAAAUAAUGCCAGCCCACCUGACCAGCCACUAGCACCAAGCUGUAUGGUUAUCACAGCUCUGUAAAUGCCACCUCUGAGCAGCAUUAAACAGUCUGUGUAAAGAGACACCUGAUAGCAGUUUUAAACUGCAAAGGUGGCAUAGAGGCGCUUCUAAAGUGGCAUUUAAGUGUCUUUACACAGACUGUUUAAUGCUGCUCAGAGAUGGCAUAAAUGCAUUUACACAGCAAUUACAAUUGUAUACUAGGGGCUGAAGUGGGACUGAGCAGGCAUAAUUUAGUCUGGCUUUUAUGCGCAUUUACACUGAAUUUUGAGCAGGCACAGAGCAGCCUUAUCUCGACUGUGUAAAGACAUCUUUAGAUCUACUUCAGAAGAGCUUCUCUGCCACCUUUGCAGUGUGAAUUUGGCAGAAUUAUACUAUUUGAUGUAAGGGGUUUUGCCUUUUAGCAAUCACAUUAUCUAAAAGAAAAAAAUGGAGCAUUGGAUGCAUUUAUCAGUUCAAUGUCUUGAUAAACUAUUGAACUAAGCAAUCAUGAGUUAAACCUUUGUAAUGCCUUUGUCAUCAGAGUAGAGUUUAUUGGAGGCUCAUGUAAGCAUAUUAAUGACUGUUUCCUGAAGGAGAGGACUCAAUCCUGCUGAGCCAGCAGAUGAAGAAGCUUAGAGCAGACUGUCUGUCUGCUUUCUUUAAGCCUAUCCUUCCUUUUGUUCACACCUAGUUCAUAUAUUUUCAUUUAUUAAAAAAAAAAUAAAUAAAUAACAUUUUGUACAUUGAAGUGCUUCUAAUUACACGUAAACAGUGAUUCUGUACAAGUAUUUUCAUUAUUUAAUACUACAGAGAAAUAUAUGACAAUCUCUUCUCUUUGGCACGUUUUGGAUCCAGCUUCACCUCACUAGCGUAAAGUAGUGCCAUUUUCUCAAUCAUGCUGAGUGGAGUCAGAAGCGCUCCUGUUGAAGAAGGCAGAGGCACCUCAGGGCCGACGCAAGAUGAUGCCAGGACCAGACCAGCCACAAUCAACAAUUUAAAUCCCAAAUCCAGCUGUGUUGUGUUGUGUAAACCUGGAGAUGGAGUGCGCCAUCAGUUGUAUAUUCCUACAAUUCUCCCUCAAAGCGAUAAUCGCCCCGAUUCAACAGGUGGCAACUCCCUUCCUUUGCCGGACAUUAUGCCAAACCAGGCCUCCAAACCAAGCGUGUCCAUUCGGCGCCACAAGGGCACCACGGAUUUGCCCUACAGCCCUCAGCGUGGGUACAUGCGUGGCCAGAGACCCAGUAUCUGUGCCCCCACUGAGGCUGAGCUGGCGCUGAUGCGGCGCUGCUCUUUACGUGAGCCGAACUUUCGUCCAUGUUGCCGCCAUGCUCUUAGCGUUCCCAAAAUGGCAAGUCCAAGCACAAGCCCUCUGUGCAGCACCCCAUCUCGCAGUGCUCUCUGCACACCUGUACGGGACAUAGACUGCAGUCCUAAAGCACGCAACAAGCUAAUAGAGAGCGAGAAUGCGCAGACUCCUACUUGUCCACCGGAGCUUCGCGAACAAUGCCGUUACAUCUCCAAAGAUGGGAAGUGUAGGGUAGACUUGGCACAUAUGGCUGAGAGAGAACGAUUCCUGGCUGACAUCUUCACGUCUUUUGUAGAUCUUCAGUAUAGAUGGUUUCUUUUCGUGUUUAUGAUGUGCUACGCAGUCACCUGGUUUAUUUUCGCAGGGCUUUAUUCGCUAAAUGCAUUCUUGCGUGGAGAUCUUGAAGUUCCUGGUGACGCUGAUGUGUGCUACACCAAUAUAGAUGGCUUUGUGUCAGCAUUGCUCUUCUCAGUAGAAACACAGAGGACUAUUGGCUACGGCGCUCGCACAGUUUCGCCACGCUGCUACGAAGGUGUGCUUUUGGUCAUGGCGCAGUGCAUUGUGGGCUCCAUGAUUGAUGCCCUUAUGGUGGGCUGCAUGUUCGUCAAAAUUUCGCGUCCCAAGAAGCGCGCAGAAACACUUCUUUUCAGCCAUACUUGUGUUGUGGCCUACCGUGAUGAUCGUCUUUGCCUUAUGUUCCGUCUCGGCGAUCUGCGUGAGAGCCACAUGGUGGAUGCCAAAGUACACGCUAAACUCAUCAAGUCACGGCAGACGUCAGAGGGGGAAUUUCUCCCGCUAGAGCAGUCUGAGAUCGACCUGGGCUACGAGAGUGGCUCUGACCGUCUGUUCCUGGUGGAACCGCAGGUCAUUCAACACACCAUCGAUUCCAGCAGUCCUUUCUGGGAGUUUGGGCCGGAGCAGCUGCGGAAGCAACAGUUUGAGAUUAUUGUCAUCUUGGAGGGCAUUGUGGAAGCAACAGGAAUGAUGUGCCAGGCGAAGACUUCCUACAUCGAGACGGAGAUUGAGUGGGGAGCCCGGUUUGAGCCGUGCAUGACACUGGAGAAAGGGGCGUUUCGAGUCGACCUGAGACGCUUCCACAGCACAUAUCCCGUGCCUCUUCCGCCGUGCAGCGCGCAGGAACAGCAUCACCUGCAGACCCUCCAAGUGGGACUGGAGCUCCAGGAAUCUCUCAAAGACGGUGCUAACUGGAAAUUGGGUGGAGACGACCAAGAAGACGACAUUGUGAAACCACCAGGAGCAUGUACUUUCACUAUCCACAACAUCCAGGAGGAGCGAGUGUCGGAAGUCAACGAAUGCGAAUCUCUUUAGUUGUUGUGAGUGCGAUACUGACGGUGCCCUUUCUCAGCGGUUCAGGUUCCGGAAGUAUUGUUCCCAUAUGUUUUCUCUUUAGGCAUGUCCAAAAAUCUUAAGUAGCCUGAAUAAUUCUAAAUAUAGAGACUGGAUAGGUUAUGCCAUUUACUUUUUGAGCGUGUGCGAUCACUGCAGAGGUUAUUGUCUCCUCUCUCGUGUGGGAACGCCGUUUUAAACACUAGGCAUCGUACAUUUGCCAACUUUGUAAGUGGUUACAGAGAAAAUACACUAAAGGAAACCAUACAUUAAAUAAGAUACACGUAACCGUGUUGUUAGGAGAGGCAUGACACAUCAAACAAUGUCAUGUACAGUCCGUCUGUGAAAUGUCAUUUGCUCAAAAUCUGCAGACUGCCUUUUGACUGUCGGCAGCUUUUCGUCUACUCGUACAGACUGUAAAAAAAAAAAAAAAAAAAAGUCCUGUAUUCCAGUUACUGGCUUUUUUAAAUUU